AUGGCGAACCUGCAUGAGCCUUCAGAAGACAAUGCUUACCCGAAUGAUGUUCCAUUAGAACUGGAAAUCUCCUCGGUCGGUAGUCUCAAGUCGUGCGCAGAAAAAGAACACCAACGCACGCAAGAAGAUCGAUCAUCUUCAUGUAUAUCACCAGUUGGUCUUGUCCAACAUCACGACAUCGAACGAGAUGUAACACUUUUUGGAAAGCACACGGGGUGGACUUUUCAGGGUCUUCGCGGAGGUAAGAAUACAGAAGCCACGGGUCCUCAAGUCGAUCAUGUAAGCGGCUACGGAGCACGUGUGCAUCCAGAGCGUGAUCGGGAAAAUCUUUGCGAUUUAUUUGAAUCGACACAACUUGAGAAUCUUCCGCCAGUCCCAGGCCCCAAGCUCUCCCGAUGCCGGGUCCUGGCCGACCCUCUAGUUGUCACACUCGAAGAGCCACUUCAUCGAGGCGACCAUGCUCAUAUAUGGAAGGUCUCUUGCCAUGGCCAUACAUAUGCACUCAAAAUUUUCAAACCACGUCCUUCGACGGACUAUUGGGAUUAUAUUACCUAUCCUUUUGCCUCGCACACAAUAACGCGUGCAGACCUACAGACCUAUAUGGACCCAUUCCUCAGUGAGCGUCGUGCUUACGGUCGCCUGAAGGAGAUGAACAGAGAGAGUUUAGCUGUGAAAUGCCACGGAUACCUCAUCUACUCGGAAUCCUUCCUGGAGGAAAAGGGCGUUGACCUGAGCUCCGCUGCCGAAUCAUCGCAAUUCUCGUGGCGGAAUAACCAAAGUAGUAUCUUCCUGGACGCUAUUCCAGAGGAGCCUGUUGGACACGGCUCGAAACGUAUUUAUGCACUUCUGAAGGACCUCGCGCCAGUAGAGGAUUCCGAAAUACCCACCCAGUCACAAGUGAAGCAAAUGUCGAGGGAUCUCGUGGCGUUACACAAACUAGGCAUCUUCCAUGGCUCUAUCUCUUAUAAAUGCUUCAUGACAGGGAAACUAAUUGAUCUGGGCACAUCACAGACCGUUCCCAGACCAUUCUUGGACGGCCACUUCCGUGGUCAGGACCCUCUGGGCUCCGAGAAGGAUCUUCUUCUCAGCGACCAGUUAGGUUUCGAUAAGGAAGUUGUGGAUUUCUGGACCGACGAAGCGGCAAAGACAAAAGGCAUGCAACGGAAAGUUUUCAGCAGGGCGUUUUGCCCAGAGAAGCGAUGUUAUGACAGGUUAAGAGGAGGCGAGAAUAGGGAGUUUAUCAAAGAUCUCCGAGUAGGUGAGGGUUGGUUCAAUCCUGCUGACUAUAAAUGGAAGAGCAUCGAGCCUGGAAAGCGGAAGAGAAUGAGUACAGCCUGA